UCAAGACCACUCACCUGCCUUUAGCCUUAGCUCUCCCUGCAUCCUGAGGGGAAUGUGUCAUAAAAAUAGCUGUCAUCCUAGGUGGGGAAACCAUCAGGAUCUGGUAAAACUUGGCUUCCCCAGCACCUAGGGCUGUGGGCAUGGCAGUGGGCCAAAAACAUUCCUCUCCAGUACAAAGUAAACUUCAAACUCUUCAGGGCAAGAGAUCAACAGACCCAGCUCUGUCUCCAAAUAGAAUCUCAUCUAACACUCACAGGCUGCCACCCAGGAGCCUCCUGCUUCCUGAGAAGCUACUGAGAAGCCAUUCUGUUGACAGAAAACCACAUCUUCAUGAGCCUCUAAUCUAAGACUCCUGCCUGUCUUUAAGAACUCUUCUUUGUGUUUGAUUCUUGUGGAAGAAUUGAGCAUGUCAGAGCUGGCAAAGCCCUUGCAGGCCUGCACCAUGCCCACCUCCUACCCUGAGUCCACCACAGAGUACUUUGAGUAUGACGAGUCUGCGGAAGCCUGCAAAAUAGAGGACAUCGUAGCCUUUGGGACCACCUUCUUGUCCAUAUUUUACUCCCUGAUCUUUACUUUUGGCCUGGUGGGAAAUGUGUUGGUGGUGUUUGCCCUCACCAGGAGCCAGAAGUCCAAGAGCAUCACUGACAUUUACCUCCUGAACCUGGCCCUGUCUGAUCUGCUGUUCGUGGCCACACUGCCAUUCUGGACUCACUAUUUGGUCAGUGAGGAAGGCUUCCACCACGCAGUGUGCAAACUCACGACUGCCCUCUUCUUCAUCGGCUUCUUUGGGGGCGUAUUCUUCAUCACCAUUAUCAGCAUCGACAGGUACUUGGCCAUCGCCUUGGCAGCCAACUCCAUGAACAACCGGACCGUGCAGCAUGGUGUCACCAUCAGCCUCGGCGUCUGGGCAGCAGCCAUCCUGGUGGCAGCGCCCCAGUUCAUGUUCACAAAACAGAAAGAAAAAGAAUGCCUGGGUGACUACCCUGAGGUCCUUCAGGAAAUUUGGCCUGUGCUCCGCAGUGUGGAAGCAAAUGUUCUUGGCUUCCUGCUGCCCCUGAUCACCAUGAGUUUCUGCUACUUCAGAAUCAUCCAGACACUGUUUUCCUGCAAGAACCACAAGAAAUCUAGAGCCAUCAAACUCAUCUUAUUGGUGGUCAUUGUGUUUUUCCUCUUCUGGACCCCCUACAACAUUAUGAUUUUCCUGGAAACUCUCAAACUCUAUGACUUCUUCCCUGGUUGUGAUCCGAAAAGGAAUCUGAAGUUGGCCCUCAAUGUGACCGAGACUUUGGCAUUUAGCCACUGUUGCCUCAACCCCCUUAUCUAUGCAUUUGCUGGAGAGAAGUUCAGAAGAUACCUUUACCACCUAUACAGGAAAUGCAUGGUGGUCCUGUGCGGUCGUUCAGUCCAUGUCACUUUCUCCAGGUCAGAGUCACAAAAAAGCAGGCAAGGGAGCAUCCUGAGCAGCAAUUUUACUCACUCCACGAGUGAUGGAGAUGCGUCCAUCCUUCUCUGAAAGGAUUCCCAAAGCCUGUCUCCAUGAGAAUGCAGAGUUCCUGAAGCUGACACGGAGUAAGGACGAUCAAUUUUUGUUGUUGUUUUUUACAUGCAAGAAAUAUGGACUUAAUACUAACAAAACAACCCAAGUCUUUUCAAGAAUUGUGCUUAAAACUUGAAUGAUAGAGGAUAUAUGUGUCUCUUCUGGAAAGUCAGGACCUUUUUGCUUAAAGAUGAUGAAAGUACAACCCAGACUAGCUUAGUUUAAAAAAGGUGUGGAAGUGCCGGGGAUUUAGCUCAGUGGUUUUGCCGCCUGCCUUGCAAGUGAAAGGACCCGCGUUCAAUCCCUGAUAUGAAAAAAAAAAAGGUGUGGUAAAAAAAGGCGGGGAGAUGGUGGUGAGAACUGUUCACAUUUUGACAUGGGCAAGGGGAUGGCCGAGCCCUCAGAGUGAGUGGAAACCAGAACCUGAAUCUAACUAGAGUUUCCUCUCACUGAUGCUCAAAUCUCUGAGUAGUGACAGAUCUUCCAGGCUCACAUAACACAGCUUUAUCACCAUAGGGGGACUGAAACCUAUUCCUUUCUGGUCCCAAGGUCAAAUUCCCAGGGAAGGAUUCUGACUGUUAAGAUGGUAUUGGCCCCAUCUUUGGACAAGGUGGUGGUAUCCACAAAGAAGGGCAUAGCAAAUAGAAGCUUCUACUCCAAACUCAUGAUUAGAAGUUGAGGAAGACGUAUCUCCAAGAAGUUAUAAGGGUGAAUACUGUUCUGAACAGACAGAAUAAGAGCGACACACUAUCCUUACUGUGUACCUGAGGCAGUAUCCACUGCCAACUUCCUCUUCAUUAAACCCCUUUCUUCCUUAACCUGCAAGGGCUUUCCACUGCUUGCUACAUCAAGUCCACACUCAAAACCUUGGCCUCUGAGGCUCUCUGCCAUGCCGUCCAACCUACAGAUUCCAAAGGAGUUCCUUUGAGGGAGAGAGACCUUCCCAAGGAUCUCACCUUCCCUGUCAGCUGGGUCUCUUCCAUACGACCACACACACCUCCUUCCACCUGUUCUCAAGCCCUGAGGGAGAAAUAGAAAGAACCCUGCCCCAAAGUGAAGGAAUGGCUUCCAGUCCCAACUCUGGUGCUUGCCUACUGGGUAGUUUGGGGCCAACAGAGCUUCCAUUUACUCAUCUGUGGACAGGGAAUAAGGGUACUUUCAACAGGGAACACCCUUUCCAUCAUGAAAAACCAGCCACUCUUGCAAGUCCUAACCUUCUAGUUUGGUUCCCAGACUUCAGCUUUUUCACUCCUGGUGGUGUUGCACUCUGACCAGAAGUGUGGUGAUGGUGUAGGAGGAGCCUGCAGGACACAGCCCAGAUACAGAGGUCACUGGCUCCUACUGCAGUACUCAAGGAGCACCUAGGUCAAAAGAUCAAUCACCUUACCUGACCCAAGCCUCUCACAUUGCCCUGGGUAUCCCCUCCUAGUCACCUCAUGGGAACCCCCACCCAUCUGGAAAAAGUCUCCAUUACUCUCGCCACUGCCACCAUGGAGAACCAGGUGAGGACAGCAGUUUUCUUGUCUCAGUCAACACUGGGGAUGGUCUAAAACUUCAGAGCUCAUGAGACAAUCACAAUAGUGCUACAGAAAAUGUCACCUAUGGUCUAAUCACGCCUGCAUUUACCCAGCAUGUGCUCAGAGUGCCAACCAUAAUGAUAUACAGUUUUAUAACCUACUUUUUUCAACGUUAGGUUCCAAAUAGCUCUCUUGUGUAUUAAUCGUUUUAGAAGACUCUACCAGGUGUACACUCACUGGGGAAGAUCCAGCAUCUGCUCCCUGCUGCACACCUGGCACUCUCAGCAGUUGGUACAUUUAAUGAACAAGAAUGAAUCGUGUUUCCUCAAGACCAUGUACCAUAAUUUACUCACCAUUGCUCUGCUGAUAAACAUUUAACUUGUUGCCAAUAUUUAACAAAUAUACACUUUACAUCACUUUCA